AUGCGUGAUGAGUGCUGCCGCGCAUUACGGCCCCUGCCCAAACCAACGCUGCCGCCUGUGCAGUUUCUUCUUGGGCUCCGUUUGGAAAGCUUUCUACGCUUGCUUUUGUUUUAUUUUUCCCCGUAUCCUCCUUCUGCAACGUGCAACAAGACCGAAUUACUUUUGGGCGUUGCUGUAGAACACUUUGUUUUAUAUUUGUUACUAGAAACCGAUAUGUCCGACAACGCCCGAACUGGUAGGCUGGGGAAGGAGUGGGAGUACGCCGCUUCUGUCUUUGCGGGCAGCUUUGCUGGCGUGUGCUCGACGGUGGUCACGAACCCGCUGGACACCAUUCGUGUGCGACUCUCUGCGAGUCGAGGCGCCACUGGCAGGUCGCACAAAAGCCUCUUAUACACCGUAAAGGAACUUUUUGGCGGGGGCUUCAGACACGCCUUCUCGCGCGGUCUCUGGGCGAACAUGAUGGCGUCGCUGCCCUCCAACGGUAUCUAUUUGCCGACGUACCGCUUUUUGCAGGAGGAGAUGACGCGGUUCGGCGUGGAUGAGCGUAUACGGCCCGCCGUCUGCGCCUUUGGUGGCGUUUGCGUCACGAACUCCACGCUCGGCCCACUCUUUUUGGUGCGUACACGUGUGCAGGUGGAGGAUACACUGAGCGUUCGCGAGGUAUUCAGAGACGUUCUUCGUCGCGAGGGCUUCAUCGGUUUCUACCGCGGCACCUUAACAAACGUUCUCGGGCGCUUCGUGGAGGAGGGCCUCUUCUGGACAGUGUACGAGCUUCUCAGGCGCCUCACGAAGGAUGGGAAGUUCAGGGACGCCAACAAUUUCCUUGCGGCAUCGGCGGCAGUGCUGUCGCUGUCGAUGGUCGCGAAGCUAACGGCGGUGGGUGUCGCGUACCCGUACAACGUUGUCAUGAAUCACAUGCGCACCGUGAAUCACGUGACACGCCAAUGUGAACACACCCGCGUCGUCCCCACGCUCCGGCACAUUUAUCGCGCCGAUGGUUUGAUCGGCUUUUACAAGGGCCUCUCUCCCCACUUGCUGCGAAGCGUCAUUAGCAAGGCAACACAGAUCUAUGCGUUUGAAGUGGUCAUGUAUGCGUACAUGUGCUUCAAUGCGCGCCCCGCAGCGGUAGCCUUGAAUUCCCUGCCUCCCGCAGGGGUGAUGCCCGCCCUGGAGAUCCCGGAAACCGAAUGA